UGCGCGCGUGGGCCGGCAGAGCGGCUGCCACUGCGCCAGCCCUCGCCGACUCUCCCGGAGGUGCCCAAGUGGCCGGGACUCGGCGGGGCCGCUGGCUCCGGAGCUGACCGCUGCUCCCCCUCUUCACCUGCCUGGCAGCAGCUCCGCGCCCGCUCUCUAGCCGUGCAGUCGCGCUAACCUCUCGCCCUCUCCGGACGCGCGUUCCAGCUCGCUUGGGUCGGACCCGGGGUCGGAGUCGCGCGCUAAAGCCUGCGGGCAACCGGGGGCGGACCCUGGAACCGGGAGCUGGGGCCCCGCGCACCUAGCUGCGCGCCCCAGGCAGGGGUUUCUUCCCCACCAGCGCCCACGGGCGCCCGGCUGCUGAGCGCGCGCCCUCUCGGAUGCCCAGGGCCGGGGUGCAAGCGCCGGACGCCGCCUCCGGGAGGGCAGCGAGGCCCCAGGUACCGAUUACACCAUUCUUGGACAAAAGCGAUUGGGCAGCGGUGACCUCUUCCCAUCAGACACGCUCCAAAUUAUUAUCUCUGGACUAACAGCUGACACCCUGCCGGAGGCAAGAGCAGCAAAGCCAACUGGAACUGUGCCUUUUCUCUCGUCGAGGUUUUUUUCUUACACAGGAAAAAGAAAGAAGAAAAAAAAGAAAACGAUGAAGUUGGGCAGAGUGGAGUUCUGCCAUUUACUGCAGCUCAUUGCGCUUUUCCUGUGCUUUUCUGGCCUGAGUCAAGCAGAACUUUCAAGGUCCAGAUCAAAGCCUUAUUUCCAGUCAGGGAGGUCCCGGACCAAGCGCAGCUGGGUGUGGAAUCAGUUCUUUGUGCUGGAGGAAUAUAUGGGUUCAGACCCACUCUAUGUGGGAAAGCUUCACUCUGAUGUCGAUAAAGGCGAUGGCUCUAUCAAAUACAUCUUGUCAGGCGAAGGGGCCAGUUCCAUUUUCAUUAUUGAUGAGAACACGGGGGAUAUUCAUGCCACCAAGCGUCUGGAUCGGGAGGAGCAAGCCUACUACACGCUCCGAGCCCAGGCACUGGAUAAACUCACCAACAAGCCUGUGGAACCCGAGUCUGAGUUUGUCAUCAAAAUUCAGGACAUCAAUGACAAUGAGCCCAAAUUCCUCGAUGGCCCUUAUACUGCUGGAGUUCCUGAAAUGUCUCCCGUGGGGACCUCAGUGGUUCAAGUGACAGCAACUGAUGCAGAUGACCCCACCUAUGGCAACAGCGCACGUGUCGUGUACAGCAUCCUGCAAGGACAGCCAUACUUCUCAGUGGAACCCAAGACAGGAGUCAUCAAGACCGCCCUUCCAAACAUGGAUAGAGAGGCUAAAGACCAGUAUUUGCUUGUUAUUCAGGCAAAGGAUAUGGUUGGUCAAAAUGGAGGACUCUCCGGAACCACCUCAGUCACCGUGACCCUGACCGAUGUCAACGAUAACCCACCUAGAUUUCCUCGAAGGUCUUACCAAUAUAAUGUUCCAGAAUCAUUGCCAGUGGCCUCAGUUGUGGCCAGAAUUAAAGCUGCUGAUGCUGAUAUUGGAGAGAAUGCAGAAAUGGAAUAUCAAAUAGUGGAUGGAGAUGGAUUUGGGGUGUUCAAGAUUUCUGUGGACAAAGAUACACAGGAAGGAAUCAUCACUAUACAGAAGGACUUGGAUUUUGAAGCCAAAACAAGCUAUACACUCCGGAUAGAAGCUGCCAACAAAGAUGCUGACCCUAGGUUCUUAAGCUUGGGGCCUUUUAGUGACACGACCACCGUGAAGAUAAUUGUGGAGGAUGUGGAUGAGCCCCCUGUGUUUUCCUCCCAAUUGUACUCCAUGGAGGUUUCAGAAGCUACGCCAGUGGGGAACAUUAUCGGGACAGUAGCAGCUCAUGAUCCAGAUGCUUCUAAUAGCCCUGUGAGGUAUUCAAUUGACAGAAACACAGACUUGGAGAGAUACUUCAAUAUUGAUGCCAACAGUGGAGUUAUUACCACUGCCAAAUCUUUGGAUCGAGAAACAAAUGCUGUUCACAAUAUCACAGUCCUCGCGAUGGAGAGCCAGAAUCCAUCCCAAAUUGGCAGAGGGUACGUGGCCAUCACCAUCCUGGACAUUAAUGACAAUGCCCCCGAAUUUGCCAUGGACUAUGAGACCACAGUAUGUGAGAAUGCACAGCCAGGACAGGUGAUCCAGAAAAUCAGUGCAGUUGAUAAAGAUGAACCAUCCAAUGGUCACCAGUUUUAUUUCAGCUUAACCACGGAAGCAACCAAUAACCAUAACUUUUCAUUAAAAGAUAACAAAGACAACACCGCAUCGGUUCUCACCCGGAGAAAUGGCUUUCGGAGACAGGAGCAAUCUGUUUAUUACCUGCCCAUCUUCAUCGUAGACAGCGGGUCGCCUUCCCUCAGUAGCACCAACACACUCACCAUCCGGGUCUGUGACUGUGACGCUGAUGGAAUAGCACAGACCUGCAAUGCCGAGGCCUAUGUCCUGCCUGCUGGUCUGAGCACAGGUGCUCUCAUCGCCAUUCUUGCCUGUGUCCUGACCUUAUUGGUGCUCAUCCUCCUGAUCGUCACCAUGCGCAGGCGGAAAAAGGAGCCCCUCAUCUUGGACGAGGAGCGCGACAUCCGUGAGAACAUUGUGCGCUACGACGACGAAGGAGGCGGCGAGGAGGACACGGAGGCCUUCGACAUGGCAGCACUGCGCAACCUCAACGUCAUCCGUGACAGCAAGACGCGCAGGGACGUGACCCCCGAGAUCCAGUUCUUGAGCAGACCCACUUUCAAGAGCAUCCCGGACAACGUCAUUUUCCGGGAGUUCAUUUGGGAGCGGCUCAAGGAGGCCGACGUGGACCCCUGCGCACCCCCUUAUGACUCCUUGCAGACUUACGCCUUCGAGGGCAAUGGCUCGGUGGCCGAGUCGCUCAGUUCUUUGGACUCCAUCAGCUCGAACUCAGAUCAAAAUUAUGAUUAUUUGAGCGACUGGGGGCCCCGCUUCAAGCGCCUGGCAGACAUGUAUGGCACGGGCCCGGAGAGCUUGUACUCAUAGCCCAGGCACCUUGACUGGCAAAGCACUGCAG